CGCUGUCAUUGUAGCUCUAUGGUUUCUCUUCCCUUCAACAAACAAGCAUUCCACCCAUUUUCAUUGAAUUUGAUAUCGUUUGCUAAUAAUAUUUCAAAGAAAUGUCUUCUAAAAGUGAAAAAGAUCGAGCCAAACAGAUCCAGGACAGAUGUCAGAACAUUUUGAUGCAGAUGUUGAAGGAUGAAGACAAUAAAUACUGUGUUGAUUGCGAUGCCAAAGGACCUCGCUGGGCGUCAUGGAACCUGGGCAUAUUCCUAUGCAUCAGGUGCGCCGGCAUACACCGGAACCUCGGAGUGCACAUCUCCAAAGUCAAGAGCGUCAACCUUGACUCCUGGACGCCUGAACAAGUCGUAUCCCUACAACAAAUGGGCAACUCUCGCGCCCGUGCGGUCUAUGAGGCGAACUUGCCCGAUUCCUUCCGAAGGCCACAGAACGACUCCUCGCUGGAGGCCUUCAUCAGAGCCAAGUACGAGCAGAAGAAGUACAUCGCUAAGGAGUGGGUGCCGCCUGCACUGCCGAAGGUUAACUGGGACAAAGAGAUUGAUGAAGAAAUAGAGAGGCAGAAACGAAAAAAGAAAUCCACCAGCUCAGGCUUAGGACCUCUGCCAGCUCCAACCACAAGUGAUAAGAAAUAUAAUAAGUCUGAUGUCAUACCGAGCAUUCCGAAACCAAAAUCGUCAGUGAGUCCAAAAUUGGGCAGGUCUACGCCGCCCACAGCACAACCGGACCUCAGCAAGACUUCCAAUGGCGCUGCAGACCUCCUCGGACUGGACACAAGCACCAAACCCGACCCCAAACCAGCUAACGACGAUAUAUUCUCCAGCUUCUUCUCAGCACCACAGGAGAAACCCGCGGAAACCAAACCCGAAGAACUAAAACCUGACUUAAAGACUGAAGAAGAGAACUUCUUCAAACAAGCAGCCCCCACGGAGAAGGAGAAGUCUAAGUUAACAAAGGACAGUAUAUUAGCUUUGUACAGUCAAACACCUUCAACUAAUUUAGUGAAUCAAUUCAACCCGGUGCCUCCUGUGCAGCCCGUGCAACAAGCGCAGUACCCUUUCGCGCCAGUCUACCAACAGAACUAUACAAACAUGCCCGUACAGAAUGGCAUGCAGUUCAACCAGUUCCCUAUGGGUAGUCAGUUUCAGCAACCGUUUGGGGCCCCGGUUCAGCAACCGUUGCAGAGUCAACCGUUCCAAAAUAAUCAGUUCUUCAAUCAGCCCCAACAGCCUUUGGCGCAACAGUUUAACAGUCUGAACUUAGGGCAAAGUUUUCCGAACGCUUUCUCGCAACCCAAUACGAACGUUGCUAGCAACUCGACAUGGCAGUAGAGUUGUGUAUUUCAUUUAGAUUUUUUAUUUACUUACUGCAGAUGUGUGUGUGAGAAGGUUCGCUUGUGUGUAGUGACGUUUGAAUUUAGAUUUUUUUUUUGUAGGAAAUGUUGCCAGCAAAUUAAUUAAAUUUAUUUCUAAAUACUUUCAAGGACAUGGCUUUUUAUUUAAUUUGAUACUUUGAUGCCAUAAAUAUUGUUUUGCCAUAGUUAGUAACUUAUUACCUCAUGUUUUUAUUUUCGAUUUUUAAGCUUAACGCAGUAAAUUAUAGACUAGAUUUCUGGCAAUAUUUUUGAUACAUACAGGUAUGCAUUGCUUGUCAUAAAACCUAAGCUCUAAUUUUGCUCCUUAAAUUGCUAAGGUGGGAUACUUUAUAAAUAAUUAUUGAUUAUAACCACACCAAACUAGUUUAUUGCCAAGCAGUAUGCAUACCAGACUUACAAAUUAGCCUUCUUCCCAAACCGAGGCUACCACGAAAAAUCGAUCUCAAGAUUCGCGCCACUACACACAAAGCGAACUCAAUACAUCUGAAUGUACGUUUGUAACGAGUAGAUAAGCAGUUAUCGUGAGCGUCGGCUCGGUCGGCUUCUUAAGCAGUUUGUUCCUAUUUGUAAUGCUCAGAUAUCUACUGAACUUAGAAGGCGCUGUGAAGCCUACUUUACUGUAAAUUGAACCUUAUUACGUACUGAAUAAGUGGCAAUUUCAUUUGACGUACGUUAAAGUAUAUAAUUCUUGUGCAAUCAAACCCGUCAUUACAAUCAAGUAAUCUAGAAUGUUCCAAAAAGAAUAGAAGGUUCGUGACAUUCAUUCGUUCGAGAAAAGUUUAAACACAGGCUGAAAAUGGAUGAAAAGCAAAGGAGGCCACAUAGCGCCUUUUAUGAGCAGUUACUAAACAUUAAUGAGGCUUGGUGCUUCAGAAUGAGUGGAUAAGGUGAACGUACUUAUUAGUUAUUGUUAUAUCAAUUAUUUCUUUAUUAAACAGUCUUCCUAAAUUAUAUAUUUACUCUUGAUAAACCUAUUUUAUUUUAGCUAUGCAAUAAAAUGUCUCCCACUGUCAAAAGUAAUUUUUAAAGUCGACGGUAAGAGACAAGAUAGUCGAUAGCUAAUAAAAUAGUGGGAUAGAAGGAGAGUAUUUAAUUUUUACUUAUUAUAAAAUGUGCUAUGAAAUUAUGUUGGUCGACAGUAAAGUACUUAACUGUAUUUUCGUCGUCAAUUCGUUCAAAGACGGUUUUUUUCGCAUCUGUGAACGUUAGAAUAAUUUCUUAUUAUUUAAAUUCGAAAAUAAUGUAAGGUGAUAGUGAUUCCACUCAUUCUGAAGUUUGAAAGGUCGAUACACGCAUGUUUUGUUGCAACGAUAUUCCGUGUGCAAUAUCAAAUGAUCGAUGAACUUAUGUAUGAAAAAUGUUUUACGCGUCAAAAAAGUCUUGUGUAUUAAGACUUAAAUUCAUGCGGAAUAGAGUUCAAAUUGUCGAUACAAAAAUUAUCGAUAAAAGGACAUGUGUGGACAUACCUAGUUAUUUCAAGUCUGUUCAAGUUUAUGGCGAAAUUGUGAAAUGCUGAAUUGAUGCCCUCUGGUAAAGGGCCCUAGAUAGUGCACAAUGUAAUGUAUUGUAGAGUUUAAUAUUACUAACUGUAUGUUUUAAUUUCAGUAAAUUGUAAGUAUUAUAAGCAACCGACGCAAAAAGCCCAUAAAAGGUGCACAAACUUGAAAUAACAAACUAAGCCCUUUCUAUACGACCUGUGCAAUUAUGUAAUUUCAUGAUAAUUAACUAUUUUUUUUAUUAUUUUCAUUGAAUAAUUUAUACUUCUAUAUAUUGUGUAUUCUUAAAACGUUUACACUUUGAUGAAUAAUUUAGCACUUUUUAAAAAUCUAUUUUAAAUAUUUUAUGCACAGAUAACAAUUUUGUUUGUGUAACGAUCUUAAUUCACAGUAACUUUAAGUAGAUAUUUUAUUUUUAUUUUGCUAAAGUCAGGCGUCCCGGAUUCGGCCUGUUCCAAUGAAAUGUAGAAAUAAUAUUUUGAGUGCACACAUUUCAUAUAUUUUGUUAAAUUAUAACCAUUGUACAAAAAAUAUAAUGUCAUAAUAUUGGAAUAUGUAUGUGUAUUUACAAUGCCGAUAACGAUUUCGGGACGUUUGUAACUUGGAAAUUGGUGCGUGUUCUUUAAUCUAUUUUAUUUAUAGACGUUAAAAAUGUUAAAUAAAUCUGAUAACCAUUUUCUCUAAA